GGCGGCGGCCCGGAGCGGCCUUCCCUAGCCGGAGCUUGGAGGAGAACGGCCCGGGGGCCCCUUAUGGCUGGACUCGGACCACUAUGGUUCCUUGUCCAGCUCUCCUAACAGGUACUUUCUACAGGGUGGAGGCUGAGGGGAAGCACAGCACGGUCUUUCCCACUUGUGUUUUGGAAAACAAAAAAUAAAAAGCAAAUUCUGCUUUGAAGACAUUGUAUCCCCCAGAACUUUGGGCAGCGCAGCCUUGGAUCUGGGGUCGUCCCUCACAUAAGUGUGACUCCCUCUCCGCCAUGAACGGCCUAUCCAUCAGCGAACUCUGCUGCCUCUUCUGCUGCCCACCCUGUCCUGGUCGAAUCGCAGCCAAAUUGGCCUUCCUGCCUCCAGAGCCUACCUACUCCCUUGUGGCCGAGCCUGAGCCAGGUUCCAGUGGAGGGGGCUCCACCCCGGGGCGGGGUUCUGGGGGGGCCCUGGGCCGCUGGAAAUUGCACCUGACGGAGCGAGCUGACUUCCAGUAUACACAGCGCGAUCUAGACACGACUGAGGUCUUCUUUACCAAGAGCAGUCGGGGGAACCGCAUUUCCUGUAUGUACGUCCGCUGUGUGCCAGGGGCCAGGUUCACGGUUCUAUUCUCCCAUGGCAAUGCAGUGGACCUGGGCCAGAUGAGCAGCUUCUACAUUGGGCUGGGCACCCGCAUCAACUGCAACAUCUUCUCUUAUGACUACUCAGGCUACGGGGUGAGCUCAGGAAAACCCUCAGAGAAGAAUCUCUAUGCCGACAUCGACGCUGCUUGGCAGGCUCUUCGGACCAGGUAUGGCAUCAGCCCAGAGAACAUCAUCUUGUACGGCCAGAGCAUCGGAACGGUGCCCACCGUGGACCUGGCCUCGCGCUACGAGUGUGCUGCUGUGGUGCUGCAUUCCCCCCUCACCUCGGGCAUGAGGGUCGCCUUCCCUGAUACCAAGAAGACCUAUUGCUUUGACGCCUUCCCCAACAUUGAGAAGGUCUCCAAGAUCACGUCGCCUGUGCUGAUAAUCCACGGCACCGAGGACGAGGUGAUUGACUUCUCACAUGGACUAGCACUGUAUGAGCGCUGCCCAAAAGCUGUGGAGCCACUUUGGGUGGAGGGUGCUGGGCACAACGACAUCGAGCUCUAUAGCCAAUACUUGGAGCGCCUUCGAAAGUUCAUCUCCCAGGAGCUGACAAACCAGCGCAACUGAGGCCCCCAGAGAGCCCUCGGGGCAGGAUGGGCACCAACAGGCACAUGGGCCCAGGGAACCUGUGGAGAGCUUGGAGCCAUUGCUGACGAGUGACAACUCACCAGGGUCAGCCUGCUGGAAGAUUGGGGAGUGGGGAGGAUUCCCCAACCCUGGGCUUGACCUUCCACAUCAGGUGCCCAUGGCCUCUUCUGACAUCCACUCCCCUUCCAGGAGAGGGGAGGGACAGAAUGACCCCCAUCUUUCUCCCCACAAAGUCCGCAGUGAUGACCCCAAACUGCUGCUAACGCUGGGGCUGCCCCCACCACCUGGGAGGGGCUGGGCAAUCCAAACCCCCUCCUCUCCUGCUUCCCUUCCCUCUACCAGGACAAUAGCAAUAAUCCAUCUGCCAAGUGUGGUAGGGGAGGACCUCAGUGGACCUCAUUCUUCCCCACAUCCCUCCCCCCAAAUCUCAGAUUCCUGGGAAGGCAGUGACUGCAUGAGAAACACCUGCCCUUCCUCCCCCCACGGCUCUCUCUGCCAAUCAGGGAGUAUCCUACCGCACUCCAAGCCCCAAUGUGGCUCCCUCCCAGCAGGGCCCUUCAUGAUUUCAGACACCCAAACUCCCCUUUCCCACUCUCCCCAACAUGUACAGAUAUACAGAUAGACGGAAAUAUAUCUGCAUUCAUUUUGGAAGCAAAAACAAAGAAAUUAAAGAUUUAAAAUUUUGCAGUUCCCCUCCCC